AUGAUGGUGCACUGUGCCGGCUGUGAGCGGCCGAUCCUCGACCGCUUUCUGCUGAACGUGCUGGAUCGAGCGUGGCAUAUUAAAUGUGUUCAAUGCUGCGAGUGCAAAACCAACCUCUCGGAGAAGUGCUUCUCCCGGGAGGGCAAGCUGUACUGUAAAAACGACUUCUUCAGGCGCUUUGGCACGAAGUGUGCAGGCUGUGCACAAGGUAUCUCUCCCAGUGACCUGGUGCGCAAGGCCCGGAGCAAAGUCUUCCACCUCAACUGUUUCACCUGCAUGGUGUGUAACAAGCAGCUGUCCACUGGAGAGGAACUCUACGUGAUCGACGAAAACAAGUUUGUGUGCAAGGACGACUACUUGAGCUCGUCUAGCCUCAAGGAAGGAAGCCUCAACUCAGUGUCAUCCUGUACGGACCGCAGUUUGUCCCCGGACCUUCAGGACCCGUUACAGGACGACCCCAAAGAGACUGACAAUUCGACCUCAUCGGACAAGGAGACCGCUAACAACGAGAACGAGGAACAGAACUCCGGCACGAAGCGGCGCGGCCCGCGCACCACCAUCAAAGCCAAGCAGCUGGAGACGCUCAAGGCGGCCUUCGCGGCCACGCCCAAGCCCACGCGCCACAUCCGCGAACAACUGGCGCAGGAAACCGGCCUCAACAUGAGGGUCAUUCAGGUAUGGUUUCAGAACCGAAGGUCCAAAGAACGCCGCAUGAAACAGCUGAGCGCUCUGGGCGCACGGAGACACGCCUUCUUCCGGAGUCCGCGGCGCAUGCGUCCCCUGGGCGGCCGCUUGGACGAGUCUGAGAUGUUGGGGUCCACCCCGUACACUUACUACGGAGACUACCAAAGCGACUACUACACCCCGGGAGGCAACUACGACUUCUUCGCGCACGGCCCGCCAUCGCAGGCUCAGUCCCCGGCCGACUCAAGCUUCCUGGCAGCGUCGGGACCCGGCUCGACGCCGCUGGGCGCACUGGAACCGCCACUGGCCGGGCCGCACGGUGCGGACAACCCCAGGUUCACCGACAUGAUCUCGCACCCGGACACGCCUAGCCCGGAGCCUGGUCUGCCCGGCGCGCUGCACCCGAUGCCCGGAGAGGUGUUCAGCGGCGGGCCCAGCCCGCCCUUCCCCAUGAGCGGCACCAGCGGCUACAGCGGACCCCUGUCGCACCCCAACCCCGAGCUCAACGAGGCGGCCGUAUGGUAA